AAGCUCCGGCGGAAAUACACCCCCAAAAUGUGUUAAUGGUCGACGUUCGGUGCGGUAUUGGACGUGUCCGGGUGUGCUGAAGAAAGUUCCAAUGGUGUUUAAUACAGUGGUCAACGGUAUCGCUUCAAUUGGUUAAGUUCUCCACGCAUCUUACGGGGAAAAUCAUCCAAAACGCUUUCGCUUCCAGCAAUCCCAGCAGCUUAACCACGUUUACCGAUUGAAGGUAGGAAGCAGAAAAAAAACGAAGACACUCCACACACUAAUGUCGGCUAUUUACGGGACGCGGAUGGAAUCGGAUUAUCCACUCGACGAUACGCUGGAGUACUUUAUCAAAUUCCCCUCGCCCAACUUCCGGAGCGACACACAAACGGCCGAAAGUGACUAUGUGUUUGUGUGCAAUGAAACAAAUGUCCCCAUCGUGUUGCUGCUUGGAUGGGCCGGAUGUCAGGACAAAUAUCUCAUGAAGUACUCCAAGAUUUACGAAGACCGUGGACUCAUCACCAUCCGAUACACGGCGCCGGUGGAAAAUCUGUUCUGGAAGCGUGCCGGGAUGCAUCAGAUUGGGGAGAAGAUAUUGAAACUCAUCUACGACAUGAACUUCGACAGCCAUCCGCUUAUAUUCCACGUAUUUUCCAACGGAGGUGCGUUCCUGUAUCAACACAUUGCUCUGGCAUUAAGACGCUCCAAAUCCCCGAUCAAUAUCUGCGGCAUGAUCUUUGAUUCUGCGCCGGGAGAUCGGCGGAUAGUGGGUCUUUAUCGUGCCAUUACGGCUAUCUACGGGAAGGAGCGACGGUGCAACACACUACUGUCCGCUUUAAUGGCCGUCGCAGCCAUUUUGCUGUGGACUUUUGAGGACGCCUUCAAUUAUGUGCUUAAUUUUAUCAAACCCCGCGGCUACGAAGUACAAACCAAUCCGUCGUACAAUCUGAAGUACGAAAGCAACGCAUGGCCACAGCUGUUCCUCUACUCGAGAGAGGAUCUUUUGAUACCCUACACUGACAUUGAAAAGUUUGCCAACUACCGACGACGCUGCGGUGUGGACGUACGUAUGGUUUGCUUUGAACGUUCGGAGCACGUAAAACACUACAUCAGGCAUCCGCAGCAAUACGUCUACACCGUGUGCAAGUUUAUCAACGACUGUUUAUCUCACUACUAUGGCAAAUUUCACAACUAAAACGUUCAACAUCGAGCUUUCGAAACAUCGGUCCAUCGGUAGCGCGAAGUUUAUUUAGUUAUGUUAUACGAUUCGUUCAGUUUAAAGUCGCAAAUGGCACAACAAUUAGUUACUACGCGCGCAAAGGAACGCACAUUUACAAUUAAGAACUAAACCGCCCCCCCCCCCGAAGUGCGACACUUACAACAAGCAAGCCUUUCCUCGAGCAUGAAACUUUAGCGAAUUCCUGCGGAUGGGUGGGAAUAGUUAGUCUAGCAAGUUAAUUAUUUUAUUCACAAUAUGCAUAGCAAUUGGUUUUUUGUGAUUCACCUAGAAACUAAUAAGCAUCUUUAAAAUGCCUUAAUUCCGUGGUGCACGAGAUUGAGCGCACCCGCGUGUACGUUAACUUUCUUAGUGCAGUAGUAGCAGUAAAAUGAAACUCCAAAAGUGUAUGUUCCGUUCUAGCAAAACGGUAUCUGUGAAACGAAACCAUUUCCAAGGAUUUAAUAAAAGGAUCAU